AUGGGUCCAGUUUUCCGUAAAUUAGUAAAAGAACUAUGGAUUCAUGUGACUGCUUCAAAUAAUCAAGUUACCUUUUACGUGAUAGGGAUGAAGAUAGUCAUUACUGAAUAUCCUAUUGGGAAACUCUUAGGCCAUGAUGGAAAUGGUAUUAAGUGUGCUGAUAUGGCAGACAAGAAGUCUGACCUAGCAAUAAUCUCCAAAGAAAUCAUCACUUCUGGGCAACCGUCCAACAAAUUCAAAGAUCUGAAAAGCAAUCUCAGAAUCUGGGCCAGAAUACUUCUGGGUUGCAUUCACCACCGGAAAGCAACAAGCUCAUCAGACUACAUCAACAUCUAUCAACAAUAUAUGUUGUAUUUCAUCUCCACAAAUCAGAAGGUCCAUCUCCCUCACUCUCUUUUCUCUCAUCUGAAAAUAAGUGUCAACGAAAUAAGAGAAGAAGUGAAAACCAAAAGAGAUUGGAUUCCUCUAGGAAGACUUAUCUCAGAUAUUCUAAUAGAGCACAGACUAAUAGAACAUCUGACAGAAACACAGCAAACUGAUGUUCUAGAAGCAAUCGCUGGGAAAUCUUUCAACACAAAGAAUCUCAAAAAGAUGAAGAUUAUCGAAACAAUUAAAAAGGAUCCCGCUCUCACAACCAAGGAAGUGAUCACCACCAGAAGAAUUCCUCUGAAGGACUUUCCAACCUUUUUAGCAGAUUCACCACUUGAUGUUAUCAUCAAUUAUCUGCAAAUCUGCAAAGAAGACGGAACACUUCCAGACAUCAACAUAAAAGACCUGAAACAAAAACUUCCCAAAGUUGCUCUCAGAAAAACCAAGAGAAAAGCUGCCAAUGAAGGAACUCAGAAAUCUCCAAAAGCUACUAAGAAGAAAGGUAAUCCUACUUUUAUUUCAGUUGUAGAAUCCACAUUUUUAUCAAUAUCUGAAACAUCGCCAUCCCAACAUCCUACUGAAAAACCAACACCUCAAACAAUUGACGACUUUGAUAUAGAAAUCGACACCUCUGCUCCACCAAACUCACAAAAUGACCCACCUUCUACUCAACCAGAACUUGCUCAAGUUCUAGAAGACAUUGAACACUCUGAACCAUCUUCUGACGCUCCCCAAACAGAAAAUCCAAAUAACUCCUCUGAACAAAUAGCUCAUGUUUCUAGUAUUGACGUUUCUCUGGAAAACCUACCUAUUAUCAUCCCUUAUCCUUUUGUUUCAUCUCCUUUUGAAUCAACUCCUCCAAGCUCCCCUCUUAUCACUCUAAAGAAAGUAUCAUAA